UCGAGGGUUUUCCGUAGUUUUACGGCACAUAACUUCAAUUUCGUGAAUAGGCAACGAAGCAAGCAUCGGAAGCAGACUGAAAAGCUAGGAAUCGGUAGAUAUGGCGAGCGAAAACCCUGAUGUUGUAGCUCCUAUGGAGACCUCCAGUGGAAAAGAGGAACAAUUGGCUUCAGAGCUGUCGAAGAAUCUGGGCAUUGCGGAUGGAAAUGGAGAUGUAGAGGAGAAAGAAGAAGAAGAGGGGAGCAAAGCUGAGGCUUCAACCAAGAAGAAGAAGAAGAAAAGUAAAAGCAAGAAAAAGAAGGAACCCCCUCAACAGACGGAUCCACCUUCAAUUCCUGUUGUUGAUCUUUUCCCAUCUGGGGAAUUUCCCGAAGGUGAAAUCCAACAGUAUAAAGAUGACAAUCUAUGGAGAACAACAUCUGAAGAGAAAAGAGAAGUGGAGCGUCUUCAAAAGCCUAUAUAUAACUCUGUUCGCCAGGCAGCAGAAGUCCAUCGUCAGGUACGGAAAUACAUCAGAAGCAUUUUGAAGCCAGGAAUGUUGAUGACCGAUAUCUGUGAGACCCUCGAGAACACAGUUCGUAAGUUGAUAUCAGAGAAUGGCCUGCAAGCCGGUAUUGCAUUUCCGACAGGAUGCUCUUUGAAUUGGGUUGCUGCUCACUGGACACCAAACUCCGGAGAUAAGACUGUUCUUCAGUACGAUGAUGUAAUGAAAUUGGAUUUUGGAACACAUAUCGACGGGUACAUUGUCGACUGCGCAUUUACAGUUGCAUUCAAUCCUAUGUUUGAUCCUCUUUUAGCUGCCUCGCGUGAAGCGACUUAUACCGGUAUCAAGGAAGCAGGGAUCGAUGUCCGUCUCUGUGACGUUGGUGCUGCGAUUCAGGAGGUCAUGGAAUCAUACGAGGUUGAAAUCAACGGAAAGGUGUACCAAGUUAAAAGUAUCCGAAACCUGAACGGGCACAGCAUUGGACGAUAUCAGAUACACGCCGGAAAAUCUGUUCCUAUCGUCAAAGGUGGCGAGCAGACAAAGAUGGAGGAGGGCGAAUUUUACGCGAUCGAAACUUUUGGAUCAACGGGCAAAGGAUACGUGAGGGAAGACCUUGAAUGCAGCCAUUACAUGAAGAACUUCGAUGUGGGUCAUGUCCCGUUGAGGCUGCCAAGAGCGAAGCAGCUACUCGCCACCAUUAACAAGAAUUUCUCGACUCUCGCAUUCUGCAGACGUUAUCUCGACCGCUUGGGCGAAACCAAAUACUUGAUGGCUUUGAAGAAUCUAUGCGACUCCGGCGUUGUUCAGCCAUACCCUCCGCUGUGCGACGUGAAGGGGAGCUACGUGUCGCAGUUCGAGCACACUAUUUUACUGCGGCCAACUUGCAAGGAGGUUGUUUCAAAGGGCGACGACUACUGACUGGUUUUUCUUCGGCGAGUUCCUCUUAGCGUUGCGUCCCCUUUUAUAAAGAAAAAGUUCACUCCUUUGUAUCCCCCGUCCCCGGGAAACAAUGACCCUAUAGAUUUUGAUGGCUUUCCCGUUCGGUUUAUUCGGUUACAGUUAUUUCGGAUCUCGGUGUUUUAAUGAAAUAGUUAUCCAUCAAUAAUCAAAUCUAGAUUACAUUCGUUCAA